UGUGCAUGAGGAUAUGUUAUGUGCACUUUUGUUGCCAACCAACACCACAGCUGCAGAACUAUUCAAGUCCUUGAAUGAUUACAUAUCAGGAAAACUGAACUGGUCAUUUUCUGUCGGUAUAUGCACAGACAGAGUGGCUGCCAUGACUGGACGGCUUUCUGGUUUCACUACUCGGGUCAAAGAGGUCGCUUCUGAACGUGAGUCUACACACUGUGUCAUCCAUAGAGAAAUGCUGGCUAGCCGAAAAAUGUCACCUGAACUUAACAACGUUUUGCAGGUUGUGAUUAAAAUUAUCAACCACAUUAAAGUACAUGCCCUUAACUCACGUCUGUUCGCGCAGCUCUGUGAGGAGAUGGACACAAAGCACACACGUCUUCUCUUAUACAUAGAAGUGAGAUGGCUUUCUAAAGGUAGAUCACUGGCCAAAGUUUUUGAGUUACGUGAGCUGCUCCAGAGAUUUCUUUUAGAGAAACAGUCACCACUGGCAGCACAUUCCAGUGACACAGAAUGCAUCACAAAACUUGCUUACUUGUGUGACAUAUUCAACCUGCUCAGCAAACUCAGUCUGUCAUCACUUCGGGGGAGAAUGGUAGCUGUGUUCAAGUUGGCACAUAAAGUGGCUUCAUUCAAAGCCAAACUGGAAUUAUGGGGGCAACAAGUGAACAUUGGGACUUUUGUCAUGUUUCAAGCAUUAGCAGAGAUUUUGAAAGAGACUGAGCCAGGGCCUUCUUUCUCCCUGCUGGUGCAUGUUCACCAAUCUCAGCUUUCAAAAGAGUUUGAGCAUUAUUUCCCAACCACAAAAGACCCCCGAACUGGGAAGGAAUGGAUCCACAACCCAUUUGUGAAUAAGCCAGUUGAAUCGACUUUAUCCGUGCUAGAAGAGGAUCAACUGCUUGAGAUCGCAAAUGACGGUGGCCUUAAAAGUUUGUUUGAGGGCUUCCCUGGUGGCGCAGUGGUUGAGAGUCCGCUUGCCGAUGCUAGGGGACGUGGGUUCGUGCCCCGGUCCGGGAAGAUCCCACAUGCCGUGGGGCGGCUGGGCCCGUGAGCCAUGGCCACUGAGCCUGCGCGUCUGGAGCCUGUGCUCCGCAACUGGAGAGGCCACAACAGUGAGAGGCCCGCGUACAGAAAAAAAAAAAAAAAAAAUUUGUUUGAGACAACUUCAAAUCUCCAUAUGUUCUGGACGAAAGUCAAGGCGGAGUAUCCUGAGAUUGCCACAAAAGCACUGAAAAGCCUGCUUCCGUUUCCAACAUCCUAUCUUUGUGAAGCAGGGUUUUCUGCAGUGACAGCAACCAAAACGAGAUCACGGAGUAAACUGGACAUAAGCACCACACCUCGGGUGUCACUGUCUCCCAUCACCCCCAGAUGGGACCAUCCAGUUGCAGGAAAACAAGCUCAGGGCUCCCACUGAUUCUGCAUUAUGUGUUUGAGUGACUGUGAAGUAAAAUGGCAACAGGCAGGUUGAAGUUUAAUCCAGACAAGGAAAUGGAAGACAUAAUUUGCCCAGCUUCUCUCAAGUGGCAAAGCUGUAGAGACAGGUUUUGAACCCAAGUCUUUAGCCGCCAGAACCUGUUCUUUUAGCUACAAAGCAACUCUGCCUCAGGAGAAGCACAUCAAUCUUUGAUGUGAUAAUAACAAGGAACAGAGGGAAUUAAUGGAUUGUGACCAGUUCUUUAGAAUCUAACCAAGGUGGAGAUGUCCUUCUG